AUGGCUCGUCCGCUUCAAGUUCCCUACGAACCGGAGUUUGAGACGCUUUCCUCUCCUAGUACCAAUACUCCAGUUGCACCACAUUCCCGCGGCGAAACUCCGAUUUCGUUCAAGACAAAUGUCAACCGCGCAAAGACCAAGCGUUGGGUUGAGGCGAAGAAAUAUUCAUACGACGGAAAUGAUUGGGGUGACGAUGAGUACGAUGAAUAUGACGAUGAGCCGCCACCGAUGCCCCAGCCGGCAAGCUUCAGCCAGAGCACCAACGACCUGUCCAAAAUAGCUCCUCGAGAUCCGUCGAGGCCCCCGCUACCCAGCAUGGAUCGAUCACGCUCAAUGGAUCAGGUGGCAACGCUCGGUGUAGGACCUGCUGGAAGUCGCAGUCGGUCGGCAGACGGCAAUGCUGUCGAGGGCUCUGCGGGCAGCGCUGCCUCAAACAAGCCUCUGCCUUUCAUGCGCCCUGCCGACAUCUACAAACGCAUGCAAGAAAGACGCCAACAGUCGCCAGAUAUCGCCCCUCGGAAUGACAGUCCCUCCAGUCUGGGCCAUUCCCACACUGAACCUGUCUCUACGUCUCAGCCGCCUGCCACCGCGGACCACGAACUUCAACUGGCGCCGGGAUCUAAUGCACCCAAGGACGUCGGUCACGGCAAGGUCGACGACUCAAGUGUCGCUCCAAGAACCGCGCCUGGUGUCCCAGGCCUUGAGCUCCCCGAUGUUAAGCGACUCUCUGGCUUCGACGCCGACUUUUUGGCUUCGGAUUCAAGCGUGCAGAAAGAGCAGAGCUCUGACCUUCAACAAACCCAUCAGCUGCAGCACAACCCGUCGCUCGGGUUCCGUUCAGUUGUACACCAAGCAUUCGACGUUCCCGAAACUCCAAGCUCCACUGUUGAUAGCGUUGCACGGUCGAAUAGUGACAGCACGUCGGCCAUCAGUCCAAUCAUAGGUACUCGCGGUCUGAACGAAGAAAAGACGCCAACAAUUGUGGAGGAGCCUGGUGAAAUUGCAACACCGAGAGAUACCAAUGAUCAGGCUAUGGUAUUUAAGCCUGGCCAUCGUCGAGAUCUUAGCCUUCCCAGCCCGGGUAACAGCCCUUCGAGAAAACCGAUCAUCAAUAACAGCGCCGAGGCAACUGCUCCGUCGGUGCUGGGAGAGAUGUCGUCGGAGACGCCUUCAGAAUCCCCGCCAGACAGCUCCUCUUCGUUUCACCAACCGCUGCCACAUAGAGCCUCUGUGCUACUGCCUCAGACUGGUUCCGGCCGGGAUCUACCAGCGCCCCUCAACGUCGGCACCAACCCGACUGCCGAUUCUCCCAUCAAAAGUCAUGAAGAAAUUCCAGUUUUCAUCCCUUCAAUCAGCGCAGAAACUUCGCCGCAGGACACCGAGAGUGAUCGGUUGAGAAAGGAGAUAAUUCGCUCCUUGAGCCGAGAAACCACGCCCUCGGCGGAAACAGAGCAGCAAAAUCCCACUAGGCCGCAGAAUACUCGACAAGAGACGGAGAACAGUCGACAAGACAGUCUGAUCCCCAGUGAAUACGAGAGAUAUUGGAGCGAACAAGUCGAAUCAAGCCCUCAGGAUUUAAGGCCGCCAGUCCCUGUCUACGGUGCUUCUCAGAAUGCCUCGCAGCAGGAUCUGUACUCCAGUUCGCCUAUGAUUACUCCGGCACCGGUUCCUCCUGCUCAGCCUACCUCAGAACCUAAGUUGAAACGACGCUUCUCGUGGGAAUCGUCAUCGGAGGAGGAGGAGGUACCUCCAGGGGAAUUGCACGCGACCUCGCCAUCGGCUAUCUCGAUUCCAGGACAAUUCCCUGUGGCACAUGAAGAUACAAGCGAGCUAUCGCCAGAGACUGUCCCCAAUGAGUCGGAGAUGACAACGGAUAGAGGUCAUCGGGAUGACCUCUGGCAGACGCCUGAGAAGCCUAAACUCACCAUAGUGACUCCUGCUGCCAUGGAAAAUAGCAGCGACUCGAAUGAAACCCCCCUGCCUGAAGUUGCCAAUCGUCAAAGUCUGGAGGAGCGAUCCCCAUUGCCUGAGCCCAAGAUGCCGCCCGCGGUUGAGCCGACAUUGUUGGGCUUCCGUGACAUUCUGGGGAUUCAAUCUUCCGAUGAGCGGGUGCGAGCUUUUGACCGCACACGGGACCAAUUCGCGACAAUUGAUACUGGUUUGAAGAAUUGGUUACAGGUGGUGAUUCGUGCCCAUCCGGAGCACAUGGAUGUCGUCGAGCAGAGCAUGAGGGUUUCCUCUGUCGAGCCUAAAGCGGUUGUAUCCAAAGGUAAAUUCCCGAAGCUGUCGUCUCUUGGGCACUUCACCUCAUCGAACCAAGAUGGCCCUCCGUCUGGAUCGGGCCACGUACGACGUCCAUCCGCCCCGCUUGGUUCCAUAAUGAAUAAACAACAGGUCGAGCAACGAGGAAAAGACCUGUUACAUACCGCGGGAGCCCUGGGCGGCCGAGCGGGCGAGGCCGCCAAGGGUCUCUUCGCCAAGGGAAGAAAUAAGCUGAAAAGAGGAGAGUCAGAAAAGGGAUUCCACCGGGUGCGCGGUUAUCGCAGAGAAAUCCAGCUUUCAGACUUUCAGCUUCCGUCUGCCAUAGACCCAAAUGAGGCUGGAGGUAUAACUCACAAGCGGAAGACUGUGCAAUUUGCAAGUUUGCCCAUCAUCGGAAGGACAGGAGACUUGGCCGAGUUGACGCAACUGCGCUGGGAUGUAGAGCCACAGCAGGCAGCGGCAAGUGAAAGUAGACGACGAAGCGCCGAUGAUCUCAAUAUAUCAUUUUUGCAUUGCCGAACUAACACAGGGGGACGUAAACUUCAGAAGCCAUUGCCCAGUGAGAUAUCAUCCAAGGCACUGUCGAGCUCUUCUGCGUCAAGAGCUCAGCUACCAAGCAUCUCGAAUGGGAAAGCAUCGUCGACGAUGACAGAAAUAAAUCGAAAGCCUCUAAAAAGCGACGAUAAGCGCCGAUUCCCUGUCGAUGCAACAGUAGCGACAGAAUGUUGCGUGGACUCGUCCUGCAGGAAAAAGGCUGGCUAUAGGCAAGCAAACGCUAAGCCACAGGAACGAGGGGGAAAGUCGACGGCUCCAUACCAGAAUGCUGCAUCUUAUUCUCGACCCAGCGACAAGAUCACCAAUAAUAACGACGACGACGGUGAUGAGAAUGCCAUUGAGGAUGGAAAGAUGGGUCCUGGUCGUGCAGAAGACGCAGAAGCACCGCCACCAGCGGGCGCUCUCCUUCUAGACCCUCUCUGGCGGGGCUUAGAAGCAUCCCCCGUCAACCUUGCAACUACAAAUCCCUCUGUUCCACCUCCUCUUUAUCGCAUAAGCACUCCCUCCAUCUCCUCGUUGGGCAGACCGGAGGCGUAUUCGGGCCUGCAGCCAUCGUCCGGGUUGGGACUGGCACGGCCGUCCCAAUCUGCAAGUGCAAGUGCAAGUGCAGUCUCUGUCUUGUCAGAGAUUAGUCUUAAUCUUAUUGGCGUCGGUCGACCCGGAAAUCUUAAUCCCAGCAACAUGCUGAGUCCCGCGAAUCAGACGCCUGUUCCUAGUGUUGCUGGCACGGCUGGGGCUACGGCUACUACAGCUCCGACUCCUGGCAUCAGCCGUUGGCAUGCUCGUAAGAGCCGCUUGAGCGGCGACGAGGCUGAAAUUUUCACUUAUUCCAGAGGCCUCAGCCGCUCGUCUGCGACCCCUGGUUUUCCUUAUGAAUCCGGCUCUGUCUCUGGCUCAAAAAGCCCGCGGACAGGUUCAGAUGCACAGCUCUCGCAGGAUGACCUCUUUGACGCUGACCUGGCUGCAAGGGGAUCGCCUCAACGGAAGCUAGCAUCUCCCAAGAGCAAACCGCCCAUGGAGAAGUUUAGAUUGUUCAGACGGAAUCGGGGUACCUCGUGGUCUGAUGAGCCUGCGCCCAAAACUGACCGGUCGCAUCGCGGAGCGUUCGAUAGGCUAGGU